CUCGCAUCUCUCACUGGCAGAGAGCUGUCCUAGUGGGAAGUGCAUAAUCUCCGACAGCUGAGCUCCAAGGGUCGAGAUGAGGCGAAGAUCUGCUUGAUAGUAGGCACUAUUGUUUCCCAGAAGCCCGUGAAUGAUUCACAGACGAAGAGACAGGAAGCUUUCCCCGCAUGACGCGCCCAUCAUCCUCCAACUUUCUCGAGCUGCCUCCCAAACACAAACCUUUUGCAAGCCAGCCAUUGCAAACAGCUUUCAACACACCAAAUAUGCCUCUACGACUACCCACCCGCCGGGUCUCCACCCUUUUCAACCACACCCUCACCAAACAAUACCGCCACUACAGCACUCCCCACUCGACCCUGAAAAUCUCCCAAGUCCCCGCGCCGCACGCCGGCAGCAUACGCAUAAUCUCUCUAAACCGACCUUCUGCCCGCAACGCAAUCUCCACCCAACUCCUCGCCGAACUACGACAGCAGAUUCAAGAAAUCAGCGCCGAGGCUGAAGAUGGACCCACACGAGCUUUGAUCCUAUCCAGCGAAUCCGACGCGGCAUUUUGCGCUGGAGCAGACUUGAAAGAAAGAUUGACAAUGAGUGGAGAGCAAACCAAGCAAUUCCUGACAACACUGAGGGAUACCUUUACACGGCUUUCUUUACUCAGGAUUCCUACCAUCUCGGCGGUUGGGAGUGUGGCUUUUGGGGGUGGGUUGGAGGUUGCUCUCACGACUACAUUUAGGGUGUUUGGGUCGACGGCUAGUGUUGCGUUGCCCGAGACUAGACUCGCCAUAAUCCCCGGUGCUGGGGGUACUUUUCGUCUUCCGGCGCUGAUUGGUACGGCGAGAGCUAGAGAUAUGAUUUUGACGGGUCGAAGGGUCACUGCCGCAGAAGCCUAUUUCCUCGGUCUUUGUGAUAGAUUGGUUGAAGUUGGAGAAGCGCAAGGGGAUAAGAAGAAAGAGAGGGAACUGGUCUUGACACAGGCUGUUGCUCUAGCGAGGGAUGUUUGUGAAGGUGGUCCUGUUGCUACGAGGGCUGCUCUGCAGGCGGUGAAUAGUUGGGGUGCUGGUGAGGAGGCGGAGAAUGCGGCGUAUGAGAGGGUGUUGGGUACGCAGGAUAGGAUUGAGGCUCUCAAGGCUUUUGGGGAAAAGAGGCCGCCUGUGUUUAAAGGGAGGUAGAUGGAAGAUAUGCCCACUUUGGAGACAAGGCAAGUGGAAAGCUGUAGUUGUUCAUGGUCUGGACAAAUCAAGAGGUUAGAUGGUCAUCUACCUUUGUCGACAUGGCUUGAUCAAUACAUGGAGAGUCUCACUUCAACAGGACUUGGCCGGGAUAUAGAUGCAAGGUAGCAGCAAUACACUCUCAUCAUAUUGUCCCAAGGGCGACUGAUGAUGAAUGAUCAAAGAGCAAC